GAUGGAUGCAACCUUGAAAGAACUGACUAGUUUAGUAAAGGAAGUCUACCCAGAAGCCAGAAAGAAGGGCACACACUUCAAUUUUGCAAUUGUUUUUAUGGAUCUUAAACGACCUGGAUAUCGAGUUAAGGAGAUUGGCAGCACCAUGUCUGGCAGGAAGGGCACUGAUGACUCCAUGACCCUGCAGUCACAGAAGUUCCAAAUAGGGGAUUAUCUGGACAUAGCCAUCACUCCUCCAAAUCGAGCACCUCCUUCAGGACGGAUGAGACCGUACUAAAUUCUAUUGACUUUCUUCAAGUUAUUUUUCAGCCAGUUUGUAAAAUAAACUUAAUCUUUUCCUCCCUUGAACCUUGCCAUUAAGCCUUUAAAUUUUAAGCAAAUUGUAACACAUUUAUUUAGGAAUUAGAGUUGGAUGUACUUUGGUAUAUUAAAGUCUGUAUGUUUUAAGUCCUCCUGUAAAAUACGAAAAGUGCUCUUAGCAUUCUGUGUAAAACUGUUGUGAAAUACAUGUGUGCAAUUAGCCCAGGUGUGAAGUUAAUGGAGACCUGGGAACAGAGUCUCAACCAUGAGGGCAUUUUAAGCCCUCAAGAGGCAGAACAAGAAAGCCAUGGGGUUGUAUAAAAUGGUACAGUCAGUUUGUGGUAUUAGACUAUAGGCGUGUGUGAAUAAGACGUUGAAAAAACCAUCUUGUGUUGGAAAAGCUUGGCUCGCUUAAAUAACAAAAUAAAAUAGGUGGCAAGAGCUAGAGAGACGGCUCAGUUUAAGAACACUUGCUACUCUUGCAGAGGACCCAGGCCCCACCCAACAUCUGCAUGAUGGCUCACAACUCUAACUGCAGUCCUAGGGGAUCUGACCCACUCCUGACUAUAGCACCAUGCAUGUGUUGAAGAGAAGAAAUGAGCCAAAGCCUAAGGUUCAAUCAAGGUUUACCUUGAAGAGCUGAGAAUGGAGGGAGAGGGAAGGAAGCAGUCCUGUGAAGUGCUGGAAAGCUGUAAAAGCUUUAGAGUAGGACCUGCAGGGCAGGAGAGAUGGCAGAGCAGGUCAGUCAUGCUGAUGUGUGUGUGAAGGGCAAGGGAGGAGGAAGAGAGCUAAAUAGUUAUUCUCUGACAUGAAGAACUGGAUUUGUUCUACCACUUUCCAGCUUGUAUAGGACAGCUUAGCUGUGUGUGCCAGGACUGUACAGAACAUACUGCCAAGUACCGCCUAAAAACCUCGGCUGCGGUGCGGGGACUGACUCUUGGCUGGUAAGGCUGUACUUGCUUGAGUUCAGGGCAGGCAUUUGAAAUACUGACCUGACCCUGCCUUACUGAAUUCAUACACAAUUACAAACUCCAAUCUUAAAAUACUUGGCUAUAGUUUCCACCUUAAAGGUGGUUAAGAGCAGUAGAAUGACUGCCUGUCUGGUUUGUUGUCUUAAACACUUGUCAAUGGCUGUGAUUUCCUAGGGUUGGCAAUGAAAUAAGCUAAAAGUAUUUUUUAGGAUUAAUCUUGACCAGGUAACCAUUCUCUGAAGACAAAAUCACUGGAUUCUUUUCUCCCCCAAAUAAGGAAAUCCCUAGGGGCAGUAAGCUAAAACCGAAGAUAAAAUUACAAGUAUUUAUUUGGAGGAAGGGACUAUGAGUCAGGACAACUUUGGGUGUUGGUUCUCUGCUUCCACCAUUGAGUCCCCAGGAUCAAACUCAGGUGGUCACACUUGGUAAAGGCUCCUUUACCCACUGAGCCAUCUCACUAGCCCAAAGAGCAACUUGACAUAAUUUUGUUAUUUUGGGUGUAUGCAUGGGCCUUUCAGAGGUCAGAGGGUAGUUUCAGACCCCCAGAACUGGCAUUGCAGACACCUAGUAAGGCUGCAUGUGGAUGCUGGGAACCAAAUGGAGUCAGUCCUCUGCAGAAGCAGCAAGUGUUCUCCGUAGCCCUUGUUUUUGAGAAUAGAAUUCAUAGAUCUGAUUUUGGGGGGGGGGGGUGUCCUGUGUAUAUGAUUGUCUUACUGGUUGAUAAAGUACUGUUGGUCAAUAGGAAAACAAGAUAGGUGGGACUAGGAGUCAAAAAGGAUUCUGGGAAAGGUAGGAGAAAGCACAGUAACCAUGUGAGCCCGGCAAGACAGGACGCUUGCUGCUGGCGUCUGAUAAGUCUUAUAAAAUAAACAGGUUUAUGAUAAUUUAAGACUGAGCUAGCAGAUGAGAAAUCCUAGUCAUUUGGCUAAGCAGCAUUUGUGCCUAAUAUAAGUCUGUUUGUGUUACUUGGGACCUUAACGUGGCGGUGGGCGGAACUUAGGGCGGCCUGGCGGAAAGACUUAUUGUUAGAGAUAUUACCUGCCUCUGCUUUCUAUCCUGGGAUCAAAGGCAUGCGGGACCAUACCCAGCACAAAGCAUUUUUAAUAGUAAACACUUAAAUCACUUUAGUAAUUUGUCUGGGAAUGUUAACAUAGUCAUUACCCUGGAAGGGUGCUGUGGUGAAACUUUUUGGUUUUGUUUCUUGGACAGGGUUCUGCUGCAUAGCCCUGGCUGUCCUGGAACUUGCUCUGUAAACCAAGCUGGCCUUGAACUCAUGGAUCUGCCUGCCUCCACUUCCACUGACUGGCUUGCAUAGCCAGGUGACUUCGACUUGGCACAAGGCUCAGUGUCAGUUAUUUUCAAAGAGGGAAGCACUGCCUGCAACCUCUGCUCUGCACCUUGGGUGCUCGGACGUCCUAACCCUAUUCAGCUGCUUUUAACACUUCCAGGGAAAUUCAUGUACAGUAACGUAAAUAAAAACUUUUGAGAUGGUA